AGGAUCUCUGGGAAAGUUUAGAAAAUGCUAGUGGUAAACCUAUAGCAGCUGUGAUGAAUACCUGGACCAAACAAAUGGGAUUUCCCCUCAUUUAUGUGGAAGCUGAACAGGUAGAAGAUGACAGAUUAUUGAGGUUGUCCCAAAAGAAGUUCUGUGCCGGUGGAUCAUAUGUUGGUGAAGAUUGUCCCCAGUGGAUGGUCCCUAUCACAAUCUCUACUAGCGAAGACCCCAACCAGGCCAAACUAAAAAUUCUAAUGAACAAGCCAGAGAUGAAUGUGGUUUUGAAAAAUGUCAAACCAGACCAAUGGGUGAAGUUAAACUUAGGAACAGUGGGGUUUUAUCGGACCCAGUACAGCUCUGCCAUGCUGGAAAGUUUAUUACCAGGCAUUCGUGACCUUUCUCUGCCCCCUGUGGAUCGACUUGGAUUACAGAAUGACCUCUUCUCCUUGGCUCGAGCUGGAAUCAUUAGCACUGUAGAGGUUCUAAAAGUCAUGGAGGCUUUUGUGAAUGAGCCCAAUUAUACUGUAUGGAGCGACCUGAGCUGUAACCUGGGGAUUCUCUCAACUCUCUUGUCCCACACAGACUUCUAUGAGGAAAUCCAGGAGUUUGUGAAAGAUGUCUUUUCACCUAUAGGGGAGAGACUGGGCUGGGAUCCCAAACCUGGAGAAGGUCAUCUCGAUGCACUCCUGAGGGGCUUGGUUCUAGGAAAACUAGGAAAAGCAGGACAUAAGGCAACGUUAGAAGAAGCCUGUCGUCGGUUUAAGGACCACGUGGAAGGAAAACAGGUUCUCUCCGCUGAUCUGAGGAGUCCUGUAGGUCUAUCUGUUUUGAAGCAUGGUGAUGGCACUACUUUAGACAUUAUGUUAAAACUUCAUAAAUAAGCAGAUAUGCAAGAAGAGAAAAACCGAAUCGAAAGAGUCCUUGGCGCUACUCUCUUGCCUGACCUGAUUCAGAAAGUCCUCACGUUUGC